UCGCCGGACUGUCGCUCCUCUCGCGAGAUUAUCACAUUAGCUUGGUUAGUUAGCUAGCCGUGAAAACCCGAUUGCCUGGUUUCCCCGGCUGCAUUUAUACAUUUUAUUCUUCUUAAAAAGCACUGAAAGGACACUACGCGUUUCUGCUGUGAUUGUGUUCAAGUCUCGCCCGUAGGAAAGGAUAAUCUCCGUGUGUUUGUACGGAUCCCAAUGAUGAGUUAUGCUGAAAAGCCAGAAGACAUCACGAAAGAAGAGUGGAUGGACAAACUGAACAAUGUUCACAUACAGCGGGCGGACAUGAAUCGGCUCAUUAUGAAUUACCUGGUGACAGAGGGGUUCAAAGAAGCUGCGGAGAAGUUCCGCAUGGAGUCCGGCAUCGAGCCGAGCGUGGACCUGGACUCUCUGGAUGAGCGGAUAAAGAUCAGAGAGAUGAUCCUGAAGGGACAGAUCCAGGAAGCCAUCGCCCUCAUCAACAGCCUCCACCCAGAGCUGCUGGACACCAACCGGUACCUGUACUUCCAUCUGCAACAGCAGCAUCUGAUCGAGCUGAUCCGGCUGCGGGAGACGGAGUCGGCGCUGGAGUUCGCUCAGACUCAGCUGGCGGAGCAGGGCGAGGAGAGCCGGGAGUGUCUGACGGAGAUGGAGAGGACGUUAGCGCUGCUCGCCUUCGACAACCCCGAAGAGUCGCCCUUUGGAGACCUGCUCAACAUGAUGCAGCGGCAGAAGGUGUGGAGCGAGGUGAACCAGGCGGUGCUGGACUACGAGAACAGAGAGUCGACGCCGAAGCUGGCGAAGCUGCUGAAGCUGCUGCUGUGGGCGCAGAACGAGCUGGACCAGAAGAAGGUCAAAUAUCCCAAAAUGACGGACCUGAGCACGGGAACCAUCGAGGACCCCAAGUGAACCCCACCACCCCCACCCCUUCCUUCCCUACUUAAUUUAUGAUCAGUCAGUGACUGUGUGACAGCCAGGUUUGUGUAUAAACACACGCUAACUUCAUGUUUCAUUCAUGGGAGAUAAAUCGCUCAUCGUGUAAAUCGCUGUAUUUGCUAAAUUGAAAUUUAAUGUACUUGGAUUUUUGGAUAAUCUCUGAGACGAGAAUUCAAAUUAGCUGUUUUAUAUUUUGUCAGGAGGAGUAUUAUUUAUUUGACCCCAAGACUUUAUCCCACCAGAGAGAUGAUGAUGGUACAUAUGUGAAUACAACGGGGGAGUUUAACAUUUGAAAUUUCAUAAACAAAACGUGAGUAUUUUUCAAUUGAAAAGGAAGGGCACACUUUAUUAAAUGUAAUAUAGUUUUAAUUAACAAAGUAUUUUAUGAUUUCUUGUACAUUAUGGGAUGCCUUCAUGUGUGUGUUUGAGGACAUCGUCCCGGGUUAAAAUACGUUUCCUCGCUGAGUUUUAGCCCCUCUUUCCGAGCCGACUGUUUGCACCAGAUGUAGAUAUUUGGUUUUAUGUUACGGGGGGGGGGGGGGGGGAGCGAUGGAGAGGAUUUAUACGCUGCUUGAGAGAAAGGGCUGCUCCGAUAACGAGAAGAGCGACGGUGCCAAAAAACCGGCGCCUCUGGAGUCUGGAAGCUCGUGUUUUAGGCUUUAGUUCAUCGUUCUUUUUGGUACACAAGUGUUGAGUCCCAGAACAUGCCGUCAGUAUUUUCUCUUGCAUGUAAAUGUUUUUUGCUUUUUCGUUUACUUUUAUUUUUUAAAGGAGAAUCUUGCUGCUAGUUGUCCGUCCUUCAUUUAUUUUAAGGUUGUAUCGUCUUUAUAGAUAUUGGCUUUGACAAACACUGAGACCCAGAGAGCUCACGUCCCUUUUAUUAUUCCACAUUUUUAAGAUCAGAUUUGCAAUUAUUAAAAUAAACAAAACUUUUGUGAACCAU